UACCUACUUUGAUGAUCAAUACAGUCUAGCGCAUGGUCAGGUAUAAUCCGCCAUUAAGCUUGUGGCCUGCUCACUGUCUCGGCUGUGCCUGCCUGAUCACUUGUUCUUCCAGCAUCUGGGAUGGCUGGGCCAGACGACGCGAGGCAAGUCGAGCCUCGGGUCCACCGCUUCAGUCUGGAAAGCGUGUUCAUCAACGGCACUGUGAAUGGAUACAGGAACUCCCAGCUCGUGCUGAAGAUGCAAAUCGGCCUUGCCCCUCGCAGACCAUACACUGGCUCACAAACUAGGACCCCUAUUAGCCGUCCCCUCUUGAUGGUACAUGUCAAAGACAGGGCAGAUGAGCUGGAAAGGCUAGAACUAGACUCAUUCUCACUCGCCUCGGCAGACACGGAAUCAGCCUCCCAGCAUACGAUUGACUGCUUUACCACUGACCAUGUUCUUGUCUUCCGAUACCCGAAGCCAACAGAAAAUAAUUUAUGCACGCUCACGGUCAAGUUCCGGACUAUGCCCGAGUUCGACACAGCUCUUCAAGAACUAAGGGUAUUGAAACUGAAUAUCAGGCAUGUCCGAUCCAGCGAGGGCCUCAAUACAGCCUCAGAAAAUGCACUAGUCGGAUUAUUGGUGGUCCCCACCAACGACUCCUUGCCAGUGUUUAGACCGUUUAGUCAUUCGCCAAACCUCCAUAGCCCAAGCUCAUCAACUGCUUCUCAAUCUGGGACACAUGCUCAGUAUUCCCCAUACAUGGACGGCAUCAUGCGAUACUUGCCUCCCAGUCGUCCGCCAAGUCAGCCGACGGGGCAGGCUUUACACUUGCAUUCAGGCCGGCCAUCUGUGACUCAACGCCCUGCGACCACAAUGGGAAUUCCUGGAAUCCUUGGGGAAGGUAUCUACAAGAUCAGCAAAAUAAGUACCACCACUUCUGGUAGACCGAGGCCAAGAAGACCUCCGAUUACCUCUAGAUUCCAGGGCUCUGCAUUAUACACUGUCUCCAAACACCUCGACAAGACGCUAGGAAGCCAAGAUAAUGUUGACGCACCAGGACGAAAGUUUUUGCACGAAGACCGCUCUCAUUCCACGCGAACUGGAGAGCCCGGCAGAAGUUCAGCAAAUGCAGACAGCAGACAGCGCAGUCUCACAGACAAACUGCCUCUUAUUAUAUCUCAUGAUAAACCACAAAGCCUGGAGAAUUUACCAAGUGUAUUAGAUGAGCACCAGAACGCAGAAAACAACCCGCAUCAGCCAAAAAGAAACCGGUGGAAACGACUGAGCGAGAAAACUGUCGACAAAGAUCUGCUCAGCCGAUAUAAUGCGGCUGCGCUUCACGAAAGUCAGCAGGCGUCGAGGAUGGCGUCCAUCCCCGAAGACAGCCCCCUAAUGCCAAACGACCAAUUUAGCAGCAUUUCAAGAGAUAGGAGCAGCCGAUUUUUCUCUUCAAGACACGAGCAGCUGCUGAGGGCUGCAAGCUUCGACGACAAAUCCUACCCGCAUUCCAAACAAACCAGAAUGCCAUCCCCUGGUCUGGUUGCGCAUGAAAUUGAUCCCAGCAAUGGGAAAGACGACAAUUUGUUGCUCCGAAUCGCCGGGCUUAACCAAGAAGGGUUACGCGAGGCAACAAGACUAUGGGAAGACCUGAUGGAAAAAGGCAGACAUGAAACUGACUUGGUUGACGAUUUGGAGACGGCCUUUCAGAUUUGGGCAAAAUAUGGGGAGGCAUGGGCAAAGCGGCUGGACAAAAUAGCAGCCGCUACUUUCCAAAAGAUGAAGCAUGCUCGGGAUUCGAAGGGUGCUUCCUAAGAACGCCUACAAUUACCACUAUAUUUGGAGGUUUAGCAUCUGAAGACCGUAUCUAGCCCGACUUUCCACCGCUUCAAUUCGAGGCUUGCUUUAAGAAUAGC